CUGCCGCCAUCGUUUGCCGUGCUCGACGCCAUGGCCGGCACCGGCAUUCGCGCCAUCCGUUAUGCGCUCGAGGUGCCGGGUGUUUCGUCUGUUGCCAACGACCUCGACGCCGCCGCGCACGCUGCGAUGGUGGCCAACAUUGCCGAGAACGGCGUCUCAGACCGCUCGAGUGACCUCUGGACGCACCGAGGACGCUUCCAUGCGAUCGACCUCGAUCCGUUCGGAACGUGCGCGGCGCUGCUGCCGAGCGCGAUUGCCUCG